GAAGAAGAAGAAGAUGAACAAAAACCGAAAGUGUUCGCCUUUUAAUUCCUUUUCGUCAUCGUCUUUGUUCGAGAGCUAAAUCCCAAUAGAACCCUAAUUUCUCCCAUCUCUCUCUCUCUCUCAAAGCUUAUCUCUUUAUCAAAAUUCAAAGUCUCGUCUGAGCUUUUUAACAGCCGCCGAAUCUGUUCUUUUUCUUGUUUCUUCGCGCUCCGUCGCGGGAUACGGAUCUGGGUUUUCCCCUUUGUAUUUCCUUUGAGCUAAUUUGUGAUAAUUUCUCGGUCGGGGGAAAAUAGAAAAGGAAAUUUUUUUCUGGGUUCCUUGGAAAGUUUUAAGAUUUGAAAAUUUUCAGAUGGGUGAGGGCGGCGGCGGCGGAGGAGGAGGAGGAGAUUUCCCGCCAAAAAAGGACGGUGUAUCUGAUGAGUCUUGUUUCCAGGCGAAGAAGGAAGCAACGCAACUCGACUUCACUGGUGGUUCCGAUGAACAUUAUUCAGAGUCUCAUACCGUCGUCACUCCCUCUGUUACUCCACCGGUGACGACAACGCCCUCGCGGCUUCAUCCGGUGGCACGACCGGCUUUACCAGUGGUGACGUCACAAUCACAAUCACAAUCACAAAUCCUUAACGCGCCAAUCAGCCUUCCAAAGCCACCGGAAUCUCCAGAAUCUAGAGCAAGGCCGCCUAUUGUGGAAGGUAGAGAUGGAACCCCUCAAAAGAAGAAGCACUGCAACUGCAAACUCUCACGCUGCUUGAAACUGUACUGUGAGUGCUUUGCGGCCGGAACAUACUGUGAUGGUUGUAACUGUCUCAACUGUUUCAACAAUGUUGAUAACGAACCCGCAAGACGAGAUGCUGUGGAAGCAACUCUGGACCGGAAUCCAAAUGCAUUCAGACCCAAAAUCGCUAGCAGUCCGCAUGGUGUGAGGGAUAAAAAGGAGGAGAUUGUGUUGUUAGGGAAACAUAACAAAGGAUGCCACUGCAAGAAAUCAGGAUGUCUUAAGAAGUAUUGUGAGUGUUUCCAAGCAAACGUUCUUUGUUCAGAGAACUGUAGAUGUUUAGGUUGCAAAAACUUUGAGGGAAGUGAAGAGAGACAAGCUUUGUUUCAUGGUGAACAUGCCAACAACAUGGCUUAUCUCCAGCAAGCAGCAAAUGCAGCCAUUACUGGAGCUGUUGGUUCUUCCGGCUUUGCUCCUUUCCCAGCACCUAAGAGAAGGAAGGGUCAAGAUAUUUCUUUCAACCAAGCGACCAAUGAUUCGUCUAUGCAUAGACUUGGCCAGUUUCAACAGGCAAGUAAUGGAAGAACUAGUGGCCCAACCUCAACUACAUCUCCGGCAAAUGUUUCUAGGGCUGGUGGCAAUUCAUCAGCUCCAUCAAAGUUUGUAUAUAGGUCUCUCUUAGCAGAGAUAAUCCAACCGCAAGAUGUGAAAGCACUUUGCUCAGUUUUGGUCGCUGUAGCUGGAGAAACAACAAAGACAUUAACAGAUAGAAGAAAUGAAACAGAGAAACGGGUUGAAGAUCAAACAGAAACAUCUUUAGCUUCUUAUAACUCACAAGGCAAUAAAACUGAUGGAAGUCAAGCUGAUGGUUCUAAAGGAGAUCCGCUAUCUCCAGCAACUUUGGCUUUGAUGUGUGAUGAACAAGACAGUCUCUUCAUGGUGGCAGCAGCUGAACCUAAUGGUUCAGUGGACCCUGGUGGCUGCGGAACAAACUCACAGGGGCAGUCAGAGAUUUACGCAGAGAAGGAGAGAGUGGUGUUAACCAAGUUCAGAGAUUGCCUUACUCGACUUAUCUCUUACGCAGAUUUCAAAGAAUCAAAGUGUUCAUAUUUAGCUAGAAGCCAUAUACAGUCACCCUCAACAGUUCCAACGGUGACUGUGAAAACCGAGAAUGGGAUUCAGCAAAGACCACCAGUUGUAAAUGGAGCUUCACUAACCACUACUCAACCUGCACUCAACAAACCACAACUGGUGCAGCCGACGACCACAACAGAUACCUCAAGCAGUCAUCAUCCUCAUAAACCUCCAGCUCUAGAGGAGAAUAAAGACACCUCUGAGUCAAAUAAAGUGUACUCUACGUAGGACAACAAUAAGUUUACCAGAGAGAACAUAAACAACAUGGUGAGAUCCGCCUCACCACCGCCACAUUGGCAGGUGAAUUAGAGAAUAAUAGACACAACUUUUCACUCUUCCUUUUCUUCUUUAAGUCUACUCUCCAAAGCCCCUGGCUGGUGUAGAUUUUGCAGAGCUUUGUUUCUUUACUACACAGAGUUUUAUAUUACUAGUUAGUUUGAUGUGUU